AUGGAGGUCGAAUAUAUCGAUAUGACCAUCGUCAGCAUGAUCCCUUCCAAUUCCCAGGGGAUACACGAGCCCUUCACCAACGACAACAUAACUAACCCCCCCAUCCCAGAAAAUCCUCCCCUCCCUCCCGGCCUCCUCCGUCCGCUCCGCCCGCUCGGCCUUCCGCGCCACCAACCUCACCAUCCAGCGCUCACCCGCCCUCAACGUCGCCCUCCUCUGGCCCCUGCGGUGCGCUUCAACCCGGUCCUCUGUCCCUACGGAACACGCGCCAUCCCCUCCCGCCGCGGGAACGCCCUCGACGCCCGGUGGGACAUCCCCGGCGUGCGGGAGCACAAGUACUGGAGCGCGCCCCGCGUGAAGGUCAUCCCGGCACAGAACCUCACCGUGGUGGAGGUCUCGUUGCGCUGGCAUCGGGACAAGGUGGAGAUGGGGCUGGACGAGAGCGAUCCCCGUUUGCAGGAGUAUCUGGUGUACCCGCCGACGAAAAAGAUGCUGCUGAAGGUGGAUCUGUGCGUGUGGGACGAGGAGGCGGGCGAUAUCGCCCAUGUGUUCGCGCAGGUGGAGGUGAUGGCUUGUCCAGUGGGGCUGUUGCUACAGAUCGCGGAGGCGAUGCUGGAUUUGGCGGAGCCAAAGUGGCCGAUGGGGAAGGUCGGUGGGGAUUUCAUCAAGGCCGACCAUGUGGGCAGGGCGGUGGAUAUGUUGACGUGUUUUGGGGGGUUGGGAGAGGCGGCGAGCUUGGUGUGGGGUGGGUUGAAGGUGGUGAUGGAGGCCAAGGUGGCGAUUGAGCCGUACGAGGAGGAGGGAUGA